CCAAAAAACUCAGGGGAUGAAAAAGAAAAGAAAAGAAAAGGAAUCCAGAGAGAGAGAGGGAGAGAGAGAGAGAGAGCGUCGGAUCGGAGAGAUGAAAGGAGUAGGAGGGCCACUGCUAUGCAUAGGAGAUUUAUUAAACGAUCUUGCAGAAAAGGAGGAAGAAGAAGAAGAUGUUGUCUCCGCAGCAGCAGCAGCAGCAGCAGCAGCUGAUCGGUGGUCUCCUCCAUCAUCAGUUUCUGAUUCCAAAAAUAACAGCCUUCAAUCCUUAGACCUCACCAAACUCUUCCAGGAAGAGUAUGACCGCUUGAAUCAAGCACUUGACGGAACUGAUCACUCAUGGACUGCUCUUACUCUUAAGUUAUGCACUUCCCUAGAAACUGCAAACAAAUUGGUUCAAUCGACAAACUCGAAUGUUGGGUUGCUGUCUGAGAAAGUUGAAGGGCUGGAGAAAAUUGUUAGGAGAGGAGACUCAGCUGUAGCAGCAGCCAGGGCCAUCCAUGUUUCUCUAAACCAAAAGGGAGGACCAUUUAAUGGCAGUCAGAAUGUCUAACUGUCUACAACUCAUCUGAAUUUACUUGGCAAAGUGAGAUUUAUCAUAUUUCUUUUUUCAGGUUCCUAUUUUUUGCUUUCUUUGGAUACGAUGUAGAAUUUUCAUUCGAAUAAAGAUGCAAGGUUGACUGAUUGAGUUGAA